AUGACGCAUAUUGCCUCGUCCACUGUCGCGUCUGGUUCCACGGACGAGCAGCUCCAACCCCAGACCGCUGUUGAUGCCGCUGUCAGAAUGAUCGGCUCACUGGUGCAUUGUAUCACAGGUCGGUCUUCACUGUCGACCGGCGGGUCCUCUCAGGACGAGAAGUCGUGUCCAUUGCCGCAUUCUGCUCCGCAGGCGGAGACCCUCCAGCGGGCAUCCUCUAUUGGGAGCAAGUGCCAGAGGUCGAACGAGGAAACCGCCCGCCCGUCUCCUUACGAGGCUGACGAUGAGCAUCACGACGAGGAUGAGGAUGACAACAAGGACCAGGACGAGGGCGAGGAUGAGUACGAGGGCGAGGACGACAAAGACGACAGCAAUUUUGGGGACAAAGAUGAAGACGAGGACGAGGACGAGGCCGAGGCCGAGAACUUCAACGACGACAGCGAAGUUAAAGUCGGCACACUGCCAUCGAGCCCCCUUUUCGACUACUACAACAUAGACGACGUCGACUAUCCCAUGGCUAUGGUGCAUCUCAGAGACGAGGAACCUGAAAGUAUGGAUGACGAAGACCAGAAGAUCUGGUUGGUGUUAGGUAACGAGGACGAUGUCGACAUUGAGGUUGGCUUGGAGUUGGAGUGGGAGGAUGCCCCCAGGGAAUAG